AUGAUUCACGAUCAACUUAUCGAAAAGACAACGUCUUCGGCAAUUAAGGAACGACUUCUCCUCAAAAAGGACGAUUUGUCAUGCACGAAAGCACUGGAAGUCUCCUGCCAAGUAGAAUCCGCAAAGCAGGAAGCCAUGCAGAUGGGCGGGACCUCAUCUGCAUCUGCACAACCCACAACAAGUGACAUACAGAGAGUAGCACGAAAACCAAAGCAGCCCAAACAGAUGUCUCGAUUACCGCGAUAUGGCCACAAAUCUGGGAGUUCAUCUUGUCCUGCUAAAGGAAAAGAAUGCUUUCAAUGCCACAAGUUGAACCAUUUGGCAGAUGCUGUCGUUCUUCCAAGAAUUUUUCCAGAUCAUCCAAAAAAGAAGACUAAAACUAUCCGACUUUGUGUGGAUCUCAGGGAGGUCAACAAGGCUGUCAUUCCGGACAAGUAUCCAUUGCCUACAGUUGAUGAACUAGCUGGCCAGUUUCACAGCAGCAAGAUGUUCAGCAAAUUGGACUUAUCUCAAGGUUAUUUGCAAAUACCACUGACAGAGAAAGGAAGAAAUGUUACUGCGUUCAUCAGUCAUGAUGGCGUUUUCCCGUUCAAACGAAUGCCUUUCGGACUCUCUUCUGCUCCCAGUGCAUUUCAGAAGAUAAUGGUGUCAACUCUUGCUGGCCUCAAAGGUGUCUCUGUCUGCAUGCAUGACAUCGUUGUUCAUGGGGCUACCCAAGAAGAACAUGAUAGACGAUUGUCUGCAGGCUUGGAUUGCCUGCAAAAACACAACGUGACUCUUAAUAACACAAAGUGUGUGUUUGGAAGCAACGAAGUUCAAUUCCUGGGGUUUCGGGUUUCCGGUGAUGGCAUUCAGCCCAUUCAGUCCAAUGUAGAUUCAAUUUCUACCAUUCCAGCUUCAACAACAGUCAAAGAAGUGAGGUCUUUUCUUUGGAUGGCGAAAUAUUACCUCAAAUUCAUACCCCAGUACGCAACUAUAACGGCACCAAUGAGAAACCUACUAAAGAAAGAUUCUGAUUGGAACUGGACAGAACAUUGCCAAGCAGCAUUUGAAAAAGUAAAGGCAUCACUCACUACUUCUCCUGUGUUGUCGCUGUUAUCACAGCAAGUUGAUGGUCAGGAGAAGCCAAUUGCUUAUGCUUCACGAGCACUGACCGAUGCCGAAAAGAAGUACUCAUUGGGCGAACCCUCCACAUCACAAGAGCCAGUGCAGCUACUGACAGCACCUUUCGAUAACAUCAUCACCUUGGAUGAACUUCGUCGUGCAUCAGGAAAUGAUGAUCUGUUAUGUCAAGUCUGCACAUUUACCAUCAACGGCUGGCCAUGUAUGAUCGAGGAUAGUCUAUUAUGGCCAUUUUAUCAGAUCAGAGACGAGCUCUCAGUCUGGAAUGACAGCUGCUUAGCCAGAGGAGAAUGUGCGGUCAUACCUGCAUCUCUGCAGCAGAAGGUCUUAUCUAUGGCUCACGAAGGCCAUUCAGGCAUGGUCAAAACCAAGCAGAAGUGUCGUACCUCAGUGUGGUGGCCGGGCAUCGAUAAGCAGAUCGAAGGCCAUGUUCGAAGCUGUGAAGCUUGCAUUCAGAGUGGGAAGUCCAUCAAACCCACAAAAUCACCUCUGAACCCAGUGAAGUGGCCAAAACAACGAUGGCAGAAGCUACAGAUUGAUAUAGUUAGUGAGAUUCAUGGUGCUUCCUCCACCCACAAGUGGGGUCUCCUGGAGGUUAUAAUUUCGGACAAUGGUCCUCAAUUCCGAUCACAUGAAUUUGCAUCUUUUCUGGCCAACAAAGGGAUCAAGCAUUCCACAACAGCAUUCUAUCAUCCACAAUCUAAUGGAGGAGUUGAGCGAUUCAACCAAACACUAAAGCAGGGUCUACGUACACACAGAGCACAAGGUCUCACUUUUCAUCAGGCUCUCCAAGAAACCCUUCUGAAUUAUCGAUCUUCACGUCAUUAUACAACGGGUUACGCUCCUUCUCAGCUUAUGAUUCGAUGGCAGUUUCGACUACCUCUUAGCAUCUUACAACCUCCAUUCCAAGUCGUCACUUCAGAUGUGCCCUGCACCGACCAGCUAGCCCAGGACAUCAGAAGCCAACAAGCAAAGAUGAAGGCAUACUUUGAUUACAAGCACCCAGUGCAAAUUCCAAAGUUUCAACCGGGUCAGCUUGUAAGAAUAAAAAAUCCAAUCAGACGGCAUAAGAUGGCACCAGCAUACUCUAAACCAAUUGCCAUCAAGAAGCAAGUCUCCCCAACCUCAUUCUGGUUAUCAGAUGGUUCUCUCUGGAACACCGACCUCCUCAUUGAAGCUGCAGCGGUUACUCCAUCUCCUCAGUCUGAACCACUUGAUCAUUCGAGUCGCGUUCCUGCUGAAUCUCGCGCAGUCUCUCACCAAGCACAGCCUCACAUUCGACGAAGCAACCGUCCUACCUCCAGGCCCGCUGCUCACUCUGAUUUUCACGUGGACUACAAUACAUAACUUUUCAGUGUUGUAUUACAGUACCUGUUCCUGUUGUGUUGCGUUAGCUUAUAAAAGGGGAGGGAAAAUGUUGUGUACGCAUGCGUCUCCUUGGUAUAUGAUUAGCCUAGACAUAUAUAAUAUAGUCAGUCUUCUUGUACUGUACUUGGCGUCCGUUUC